CGGGAGGCCGCUCUAGCCUCGCCCGGGGAAGUCGCUGUCCUUACCUUCAGCAGGACCCCGCGCCUCCGUGUCCGUGCCCGCUGGCAUCUCCGCUCCGUCCUCCAGCUACCCACUGCCCUCUUGCCGCCCACCAUGGCCCUGCUGCACUCCGGCCGCGUCCUGUCCGGAGUCGCCGCCGCCUUCCACCCAGGCCUCGCUGCCGCGGCUUCUGCCAGAGCCAGCUCCUGGUGGGCUCAUGUGGAGAUGGGGCCCCCAGAUCCCAUCCUGGGAGUCACAGAAGCCUAUAAGAGAGACACCAACAGCAAAAAGAUGAAUCUGGGGGUUGGUGCCUACCGGGAUGAUAACGGAAAGCCUUACGUGCUCCCCAGUGUCCGGAAGGCAGAGGCCCAGAUUGCUGCAAGAAAUUUGGACAAAGAAUACCUGCCCAUUGGGGGACUGGCUGAAUUUUGUAAGGCAUCUGCAGAACUAGCCCUGGGUGAGAACAACGAAGUGUUGAAAAGUGGCCGGUAUAUCACCGUGCAGACCAUUUCUGGAACCGGGGCCUUAAGGAUUGGAGCCAAUUUUCUGCAAAGAUUUUUUAAGUUCAGCCGAGAUGUCUUUCUGCCCAAACCAUCCUGGGGAAAUCAUACGCCCAUCUUCAGGGACGCUGGCAUGCAGAUACAUAGUUAUCGAUACUAUGACCCCAAGACGUGUGGCUUUGACUUCACAGGCGCUAUUGAGGACAUUUCAAAAAUACCAGCACAGAGUGUUAUUCUCCUGCACGCCUGUGCCCACAACCCCACGGGAGUGGACCCGCGUCCUGAACAGUGGAAGGAGAUGGCUGCAGUGGUGAAGAAAAACAAUCUUUUUGCAUUCUUUGACAUGGCCUACCAAGGGUUUGCCAGUGGUGAUGGUAACAAGGAUGCUUGGGCUGUGCGCCAUUUCAUCGAACAGGGCAUUAAUGUCUGCCUCUGCCAGUCCUAUGCCAAGAACAUGGGCUUAUAUGGUGAGCGUGUGGGAGCCUUCACUGUGGUCUGCAAAGACGUUGAUGAAGCCAGGAGGGUAGAAUCACAGUUGAAGAUCCUGAUCCGUCCCAUGUAUUCCAACCCUCCUCUCAACGGUGCCCGGAUUGCCUCCACUAUUCUGACCAGCCCGGAUUUGCGGAAACAAUGGUUACAAGAAGUAAAGGGCAUGGCCGACCGCAUCAUUAGCAUGCGGACUCAGCUGGUCUCCAACCUCCAGAAGGAGGGCUCCUCCCACAACUGGCAGCACAUCGUUGAUCAGAUUGGCAUGUUUUGUUUCACAGGCCUAAAGCCUGAACAGGUGGAGCGGCUGACCAAGGAGUUCUCCAUCUACAUGACAAAGGAUGGCCGUAUCUCUGUGGCAGGGGUCACCUCGGGCAACGUGGGCUACCUUGCUCAUGCCAUUCACCAGGUCACCAAGUAAUUCCCCUGGUCAGAGGGAACAGAGACAACCUUCCUGUCUUCAGCCUCUGCUAUUGUGAGAUUCACAUGGAGGAAGAGGGAGAGUGGAUGGUGGUGAGCGGAUCAUUUUUUUCAACCACAGUACUUUAAAACUCAGCGAUUGAAUGUGUUUCUCAGAAAAGAAUGUGCAGUGAAAUAGGGCCGAGGCACCUGUGGCUGGUGUUGAGAACUUUGUGGCUGUAAACCAAACUCUCACUCAUCCUUUUAUCUCCAGUUUGUUGUAAACAAACUAUAAACAGAGUUUACAUGUACAAGAAAGAUAUAAGCCCCCAAAAUACCUGUCAAUCACACCAUUGCAAUAUUUCAGAAGCUUUAACAGAAGCACCGUUUGGUGUUGCGGGUUCCUCUGUAAAACCAGCGUGAAAAUAGCACCUAUUAGAGGCUUUGUGAAAAGACCUAGUUCUGACAUUAACAGUCAGCCUGAUGUUUGUCCUCCCAUGAUUGAGCAACCUUAUCAACAAACUGUAUGACAGAAAUCAUGUUUUACAGCGAGUCUGCUACCGCUGCAGCAAAGAAAAUAAAAGAUGCAAUUUCCCGUCUUAUUUAAGAAAAAAAGAAAGAAGGCUCUCCUUUUUAGUACUUGCAGGCAUUUUAAUGUUCCUCUUUUCUCCUUACUCACUGCUGUUCUUUUCCUUAGGCACAAAGAUCUAUAACUAGCCUAGAUUUUUCAUCCUGUUCUACUCCUUGAUUGACCAUCAGUCCCAUCGCAUAGGAUUUACUUAUUUGAAGAAUGAAGAACAUUAUUUACUGCUCAUCCCAUACCCUCGCUUUUCUUGGCAAAGAAUAGUGGAGAGUAGGUAACUGCACUUUAUUUCAGCAUCCCCUUCAAUGAUUGUUAUCUCCUGUAGGGAUGUUGCCUCUGCCCAGUUGGACCUCGUAGCUUUGUUCAGUAUGGUUGUGCAGUCACUCAUUUCAUAUCAUGAGUCAGGCAGUGCAGGGUAGAAUCAGGAAAGAGGAUAUUCUGGGCUUUGAUUUUAACUUUUGUGUGCUGCCAGCUGGGCUCAGGCUUCACCCUUUGGAAGGAUAACCACCAUUUGCUCUAAUCAUGUAGACUUAUUGCAGCCUGGUCUCUCUCUUACAAUAAAGUUACUGUAGACCCAACUGCCA